CAGAGGAGGCGAGAAGGAAGAGGACAUGGCCAGCUCACAGGGAAGACAGUGAUCUGACUGGCCAGAGAACACAGGGCAGAAAGAUGAAACUGUGGGUGCGGUCAGUGUGGCCAUUGCAGGUUAUACUCUUGGUCACCUUAGUAAUUUGGUCGUGCCAGUCAGUUUCGGCGGGUACGCGGAGUCUGCGGGGACAUACAGCUUCGUACCAGGUAAAGCAGGGAACAUGUGAGGUUGUGGACAUCCAUCGCUGCUGUAAUAAGAACAAGAUUGAAGAACGUUCACAGACUGUCAAGUGCUCCUGUUUUCCUGGCCAAGUCGCCGGGACAACACGUGCCCAGCCGUCUUGUGUGGAGGCUUCCAUCGUUCUACAGAAGUGGUGGUGCCAAAUGCACCCGUGUUUGGAUGGCGAGGAGUGUAAAGUUCUUCCAGAUCUCACUGGCUGGUCCUGCAGCACCGGUAACAAAGUUAAAACUACUAAGGUCACACGGUAGCAAGAAUAUGGCUGCUCUACCAAGAGGCCUAAGACUCCUCACCAACCCCCUAAAGGAACAGGAGACCUUCUCGUUUAAGAUACUUACAAUAUGGAGGAUUCAGUACAUGCAAUAGAGGGACAUACUUAUUGUACACUAUAGAUGACCACAUUGCUAUGACAGAAGAUAUGAGGAUGGACUUGU